UCGUACAUUAUUGUUCCAGAGAUGUAACUAACUUUACUGCAAGUAGGAAGUAACACGACUGCUGGCUAACGUGAGCUAGCUGCUAGUCUAUGUGUGUAGCUAGAUGGUCGAGCUUGGUUUUCUGUGUGAAGCUAACCAACUAUUUGCACUCAACGCCAACUUACCUCCGAGGACUUGGCAUUCGGAAAAUACAUUUUUGGAGAACAAUUCAACGAAUGGAUACUUUCGUGUGAGAAGUAGCUAACGCUGGCUAGUUUAUUGGCUAACGAACCAAGUUGGCUAAAUCAGCUUGCCACCUAACUUACGCGACGCCGUCUUAACGUUAGCCGACACACCCGAGGCUGGAAUUAGCAUUUCACAGAUAAAAUGCAAAUAUAUCUAGACGUGCAAAAAGAGAGCACAGAGAGCAGCUGAAAGAGACGCAGGUUGGGGCAGGCCAGGAUGAAGUGUCUUGGCUCGAGGCUGGCCUUCUACCUGGGCUUCCUGGUAGGGACCAGCAUGCUCUAUCUCUUCAUCAGGCAGAUGUGGUUGGAGAAGACUGCCAAUGGGGAAGUGCGCACCUGGAACACGGAGGACCUGGUGCGCCUCUACGUGCCCCACGACCACAUCACAGGUACAGGAGCCAUCAAAUCCCUUACCUUAACUUCUCCGCACUUGUCAGAAGGCCAGGACAACAGCGCUGCAGACGAGCUGUACAAGAAGGUGCGCGUCCUGUGCUGGGUGAUGACGGGCCCCAAAAACCUGGAGAAGAAGGCGCGGCACGUGCGGGCCACUUGGACGCGCCACUGCAACGUGGUGCUGUUCAUGAGCUCGGUGGAGGACCCGGACUUCCCCACCGUGGGCCUGGGCACUAAGGAGGGCCGCGACCAGCUCUACUGGAAGACCAUCCGCGCCUUCCAGUAUGCCCUGGAGAAGCACGGCGACGAGGCCGACUGGUUCCUCAAGGCCGACGAUGACACCUUCGUGGUGCUGGAGAACCUGCGCUGGUUCCUGGCCAACCACACGCCCGAGGAGCCCGUCUACUUUGGCAGGCGCUUCAAGCCCUACGUCAAGCAGGGCUACAUGAGCGGAGGGGCCGGCUACGUCCUGAGCAAGGAGGCCCUGCGGAGGUUCGUGGAGGGCUUUAGCACAAAGGUGUGCGCCCACAGCUCCCCGGUGGAGGACCUGGCUUUGGGCCGCUGCAUGGAGAAGGUGGGAGUGAGGGCAGGGGACUCCCGCGACACGUUGGGGCGCGAGACCUUCAACCCCUUCUCUCCCGAGCAGCACCUGACCUCCCAGUUCCCCAAAAGCUUCUGGUACUGGUCGUACUGCUACUACCCCAUCACGCAGGGUCCCCAGUGCUGCUCUGAUCUAGCCAUCUCCUUCCAUUACGUGAGCGCCGAUGUGAUGUACCUGCUGGAGUACUACACCUAUCACCUGCGGGCUUACGGCUACAGAUACCGCUAUCAGGCCCCGCUCCCCAGGGCGCUGAGCGCCGAUGGGUUAGCGGUUGCUGCGACAGCCCAGGACAGGGAGGUGAAUGGGAAGGGGCCUGAUUUGAAAAGGAUAGAAAAAGCACAGGAAGGUGGCGCUGGGGAUACUGACAAAAAGGAUGGCGGGAAUGUUGAAAAACAGCAAUAGAUUGUUCCAGGCAGGGUUCUUCCUUCAGAUAAUGAUGACUAUAUGUACUAUGUCUAAAGGGCAUAUGUGCAUGCAUGUGUCAUUGUCUAUGUAUGUAUGCACAAGUGAGAGAGCAUAGGAAUUUGUGCCAGUUAGGCCCCGCAGCUGAUGGUGAUUACAGGUGAAACUUGACGUUCCUUUUAGGCCCACAAAUCGUACUGCUGUAACAUGCUAUUAACCAUCUGAAGCUCCACAAACUGCACUUCAAACAUUCUGCUGGAUGGAUGUACUUUUGGAAGGCAGUGUUCAGCUCUCAAAAAAAAAAAAAAAAAGAGAAGGUGGCUCAUGCAUUGGACCAUGUUUAGCAUUGCACACAGAGUGGGUUGCCUUUAAAAUUGUUUGAAGUAGUCUAUUUUUCAGAAAAUGUGAUAUUUUUCUCUUUGGUUUUGUGUUAAUUCUUGUUUUAAUAACCUAAUUUAUUAUAUUUACUGAAUCUAAUCUGUAAGAAAACCUGAGGGAGAUUUAAUGACCUUGUUUUUUAACAAAGAUUUAAGAGUUUGACUUUGAUUGUCUUAAAAGCUGUUUGCACCAUAAAAAAAUAACUGGUGACAUUAAAAGUCACCACAUUACAUUGUUAAAAAUGUAAGGGGUCUUAAGGAAAAAUGAAAGGAAUCGUUGUUGACAAAAUAACUUGGAUUAUUACUGCACACAGUCAACAGGAACAGGAAAAUAAAAAGGUGAAUGUGAAGGGAAAAAUAAAUUGCAAAUAACCAAUUGCCUAUCUUACUGAAAGAGUUUUUCACCCAACAGUGCCCCCCUCAUCAAAGUAAAUGUGAGCGGGAGAAACUGAGCGAGUGCAGGUUAGCUUAGCCACUUGCAAGCACAGUCUGUUUAGUUUAAACUAACAACACACAGGCAAUCUAGCUUAAAAAAUAUUCUUAAGAGGCACAUGGGUUUGUAUGUUUUUUCAUAUGGUGUAAAACAAAGCAUCUCAUAGUGCCUAACUGAUUCUAAUGGUCAAAUUACACAGUGUCUUUUAGUAGUUUAUUCGAAGUACUAUUACAUGUAUGUGCUGAUGUCUCAGCUUAACCUGGCUGGACAUUUUUUUAAAUCGCCCAGACUAACUAGCAAGCUUAGCUAACUGUGCUCUUUAGCUAAGCUAACAAGCGUAGCUAAAUGUACUCUUAAGUUUACUGUACUUCUUAUUUAUAAAAAUGGGAAUGAAUGUGUUGUGAACAGCAUUUCCACAGGGUGAGUUGGAAUGUAAACUGUAGAUGUUUCUCUAUGAAGUUUAUUUAUUUAUAAUGGGUAGAUUUUUUAAAUAUGCAAUACUCCCACAUAAUGCAGUUGGAUACCUUAACUUUAAUUUUGUUGCUUUUCGAAAAGAUUGAGCUUGAAAAGGUGAGGAAACUGUGGCCAUUUUAAUUCUCGCACAUGCACAACAGCUGCCAGGAAUUCAGUGUGGGUUAACUUUUUUCUUAGAGACAUUUUUAAUUCAUUGUAAUGAUUACUGGUAUACCUCACAAUUUAACCAAAUGUACUUCUGGACAUGAACGCUUGUAAAUUUUUUUAAAUUGGAUUUUUAUAAUGAAGUGACUGUCCGUAGUAUAUACAAUUAUUUAUAUUUUCCGAUACAUUUGGUAAAAAAAACUAUUGUACAGCUAAUAGUAUAAACAUACCAAAAGUGCCUUUUUGUAGGAAUUGUUGCACCUGUUUUUGAUACUGCAGUAUUGUACAAACAGCCUUUUCCAUAAAUGGUACAUCCUGCAUAUUGUAGAUUCUUGAUCUAGAAUCCGGUUUUUCUCCGUGAGAACAGGAUUUCAGUCUGUCCGUGUUUGUCUUACCAUGAUGGUAGAACUCUACGCCACCCUUCUCUCAAUUUCAAUCACAAUGUUAUCAUUGGAUUAAAUAAAAGAAUAUUUGACCUUAAAA